AUGUCGACUGAAACGCUCACCCGCCGCUCCUUUUUGGGGCUUGAAGGAUGCCAUGUCUUCAUCACUGGGGCUAGUGGUGCCAUUGGGGGCGAGGCUGUGAGGGAAUUCUUAGAUCAUGGAUGUCGUGUCACAGCAUAUGACAGCCAGCCUCUCCAGCUUUCCGGAAUCGAUGCCGAACGUUUCUCAAGGCUGCAACUGCUGAAUGGUGAUCUCACCAAUGAAGAAUCCAUCCAGUCUGCCUUUGCCAAAGCCCAGGAAAAAUUCGGGCCUGCUACUAUCUUGAUCGUCAACUCUGCUGCCGAGAGCAAGACUAGCGAUUGCCCUAUUUGGGAACUGCCCCUAGAAGAAUGGGAGAGGAAUUACAAGACAAAUGUCCAGGGCUCCUUCCUAGCCAUCAAGCACUUCCUGCGAUCAUAUCAGCAAUCAACUGGUGCCAACCUGGCCAGCCCAGUGAUUGUCGUGACGGAGACAGAGACUAGCACCAGUCUUACGGCAGGCAAGGCUGGUCUUCAUUACGGUCUGCUCAACAGUGUUCGUGAUGAGAUCUUGCGUCUCAACGCGCAAGGGCGCAUCAAUGCUGUUGCUCCUGGCGCCUUCGAGGAAGACCAGGGGCCCGGACCGGCAGAUGUAGCACGGACUAUGGCUUUUCUCGCUUCUGGUCGAGCUGCUGGUCAUAUUUCGGGACAGUGCAUUCGCGUGGAAAAGGGCAAGGAAGAUUCGAUUUCAGACGCGCGUGUUUCGGAGUCGGCUGUCACCAAGGACGUCACAAGGUCAAUCCCUCAGGGCCUGUCGAAGCCAAAGCGAAAUAAGAUUCGUGUGGCUGUCUCUAUCGAUCUCGAUGCAGUUUCUGGCUGGCUCGGAACGAACUCCCACCCCGACAAUGUCCUGGCAGACUACUCGGCCGGAUUCUUCGCCGCCCGAGUCGGUGUCCCUCGUCUCCUCCGCAUGUUGAAGAAGCUGGACCUCGCCAAUCGCUGCACUUGGUUCAUCCCCGGCCAUUCUGCGGAAAGCUUCCCAGACGAGGUGAAAGAGGUUGUCGCUUCAGGCUGCGAGAUCGGAUUGCAUGGCUACGCGCACGAGGGCGCAUACCAGCUCACACCGGAACAAGAGCGCGACGUACUCACCCGCUGUAUGGAGAUUGCUCAAAACUUGACUGGGAAGAAACCGGUCGGUUAUCGAGCGCCGUUGUAUCAAUUGCGCGAGUCGACACUUGAUCUCUUGGAGGAAUUUGGAUUUGAGUACGAUGCCUCAUUGACCGAUCACGACUGCCACCCAUUCUUCGCGCCGAGACGUCCACCUCUCCAGCCAAUCGACUUCACCAAACCCGCCUCGACAUGGAUGCACCCAGUCAAGGAAUCACCGAAUCUGCCCGAUAGACGCCCUCUCGUCUGCGUGCCAUGCAACUAUUACAUGGAAGAUAUGACGCCGAUGCAAUUCCUGCCUCACACGGAGAACUCUCAGGGCUAUGUCGAUGUGCGGGUGAUUGAAAAUCUCUGGCGCGAUCGGUUCUUGUGGAUUCGCGACAAUGAGGAGGAUCCUGUUUUUCCUGUUCUUAUGCAUCCUGAUACCAGUGGCAUGGCUCAUGUUAUUGGUAUGCUGGAACGCAUGUUGGGUUGGUUGAAGGAGUGGGAGCGCGAGGGCGAGGUGGAAUUCUUGCAGACUGUGGAGAUUGCUCAGUGGUGGAGAGAGAAGAUGAUCGCGAGGGGGACUUGA